AUGGGAAAGUCUUUCGACACCUACAAUUUUAGAUUGCUGGAGCUUGAAGAAGAUGACUUAGCGAAAGGAAUGAAAGAAAUCGAAGAAGAGCUCCAGAUUUCUAUUCAUCCCGAAGAAAUAAAUGCUGUCAAUUUACUUAAUAGUGAACAAAAAAUUCCUUACAACAUAAUUUACAAUGCAGUCCUUGAUAAUAAGCCGGCAGCUUUCUUUGUUGAUGGCCCUGGUGGUACAGGAAAGACUUUUUUAUAUUCUACAUUACUCGCUAAUGUAAGAACAAAAGGAAUGAUUGCUUUAGCAGUUGCGAGCUCUGGUAUUGCUGCAUCUGGUCUGUUUGGAGGUAGAACUGCAAAUUCUCGAUUCAAAAUACCUUUAGAUGUUGAUGAGGUUCCAAGUCCAAGUAUUUCCAAACAAAGUGCUUUAGGACAACUUAUUCGUCUUGCAAAACUUAUUAUAUGGGACGAGGCACCAAUGGAAUUGCGUCAAACAAUUGAGUUCUUUGAUAUAUUGCUACAAGAUGUCUAUUCAAACAAAUUGAAAUUCGGUGGAAAAGUUGUUGUUUUUGGCGGUGACUUCUGA